AUGAUCACAAAAGUCGGAAAGCCAAGGAAGCGUAUGAAAUGGACAAAUGAAAUUAAUUCUUUUAUUAUGCGCUCCUAUUAUGAAAUAACCAAACUGGAAAAUGAUCUAACUGUAUACAGGUACGCCCUCCACCGAGCAUUUACUGAGAAAUACCCCGAUCUGCAGCAUCUAACAGAACAACGCAUAGCUGAUCAACGUAGAACAAUAAUUAAAAAUACAUUAAUUCCUUUACCAGCUCUGCAGCAGGUAGGAAGUAUUCCUCAUGCUCUUGAACAUAAAAUAAAUCCGGUACUAGCUGAUGAACAUCUUCGUAGUUUGAAUGAUACUGUUAUAGUUCAGUUCGAACCGCAAACCGGGUGUAGUCGGAAUUAUGAGACCAGUGAUAAAGAAAAAAAAUUUCCUUUGGAGCAGAAGACAAUCUCCGAUGAUUUUGUUCUCACUGGAAGAAGGAUAGUAGACAUCCUUUUCCUUUUCAAACAAAUUGUUGAUGAAAAAAGCACCGGACUGUUUGGAUGUGAUAUCACAGAUAUGGAGGUUAUCAAUGAAGUGAGAAAGGGGUUUAUGUCAACAUUUACUUUUAAAUGUAAAAUGUGUGGCAUAACUAAACAAAUUUAUUCGGAAGAUCCGAAAAAUUUCUCAGGAACCACUGAUUCAAUAGAUAUCAAUUCGGCACUGACUUUGGGAGCAGUUUCGACUGGUAUCGGUUACUCAACCUUUGCCAAAAUAGCAGCUGCAAUAAAUAUGCCAAUGAUUGCGGAGAAAACUUACGUCCACUAUCACGAAAAAGUGGCUGAUGCAAUUUACUCAACAGCCACGCAAGUAAUGGAAGAAGCUGGAAGAGAGGAAGCAGAGUUGGCCAAACGCUUAGGAGAAGUAGAUGGAAAUGGGAUUCCAUUUAUAACUGUGGUAGCAGAUGGAGCAUGGUCAAAACGAUCAUAUAACGUCAACUAUAAUGCUUCUUCUGGCGUGGGAUGUAUUGUAGGUUACCGGACUGGAAAAUUAUUAUAUGUGAAAGUUAGAAACAAAUUCUGCAGUAUUUGUGAUUUUUACAACCGAAAACAGAAAUACCGCAACAUAAAUGUUUUAAAAACUGGACCGAAACUGAUGGAAACGAAACCGUAUGGUCCUCAAACAGCAAUUUCGAAAAUUGAAUGUAGAAACCAUCUGCUUAGAUAUUUUUCUUCGUUGGUGAAGAAACCCCGGAGUGUUUCUACAAAUUCUUCUGUACCAGUCUACCUGAGAAAAGAGGUGGAAAAAAAUUCAAAACGUUUAAAAUUUGCUAUCAGUAAGGCAACGAAAUAUCGAAUUGAAGAAAACACCGAUUUUAAAAAGAAAGUAGAACUGUUGAAAAGAGAUAUCCUCAAUGCCUCUUCCCAUGUGUUUGGUGAACACGCGGAAUGUGAAGCAAUCAAUUAUUUUAAAUGUGACAGAAAAGGCACCAAUUUCGUAGCACUUAUGAAAUAAUGUAAGUUAUACAGAGACAUCCUGCUUUGAUUGAAUCGACUUAUUUUGAAUAUCGAAAGUUUGAUUCACAAUAUGAAUAAUAAUCUUGCUGAACAUUAUAAUUCAAUAGUUUGCAAAUUCGUUGGAGGAAAAAGAAUCAUCUUUUCGAAAAGGAAUUUCUAUCAGACCAGAUGUGAAGCUGCGGUAGUAUCAUUCAACAAGGAAGCAGAAUAUUAUGAUAUACUCCAUAAGGCAAUAACAGGAAAUGAGCCCAAUACAUACACAAAGAAAUAUUUAAAAAUAAUUGGAAAAAGGAAACUAAGAUUUGCGAAACUAACGAAAAAAAGAAAGGAGCGUUGACAAGAGAUGCGAUUGAAAAAAAAUAAGCUCUUCCAGAUAGGUAUUAUGGUAAUAUCCAUGAACUUAUUCCUGGUAUGGAUGAAAAUGAGUAUAAUUUGAGAGAACUGGAAUUCCUAAAUAUGUUAAAUAAAACGCAAGAAGAGAUUGAUACAAUAGAGGAUCUUACCAAGGAACAGACCUCUUCCAUUUUAUGGUUGGAAGAGAGACAAAAAAGGAUAAUGGCAUCAAAUUUUGGAAAAAUUUGUAAACUAAAAGCAAACACUAGCAGCAUCAACUCAAUUAAAGUAUUAUUAUACAACAAAUUUAAAGGCAACAACGCGACACAAUAUGGGAAAUUAAACGAGCCGUUUGCAGUCGAAGAUUUUGAGGCAAUCUCCAAACACAGAGUAAAAAAAUGUGGGCUAUUCAUCGAUAAAGAAUAUAGUUUUUUGGGUACUAGUCCAGAUGGAUUGGUGGAUGACAACGCCAUUUUAUAAAUAAAGUGUCCUUUGAAUAUUAGGGACAUGAGUCCAGAAAAGGGCAUACGAACAAAAAAAAUAAAAUAUGCCAAACUUGAAAAUGAUUCCUUCGCACUCAAUAGAAGACAUGAAUAUUACUUCCAGGUCCAAGGGCAAUUAGCAAUAACAAAAAAAGAUAAAUGCUACUUCGUUAUAUGGAGCCCAAAAGGUUGCUUAAUUGAAGAGGUAACUAGGUAUUAAUUAACUUUUUUUUAACUUUAUUAAUGUCCUUUUUUUAGAUUUAUAAAGAUGAGACAUUCUGGUUAAACGAAAUGGUUCCGAAAUUAAAAAUAUUUUUUUUCAAUUGUCUUCUUCCGGAGCUAGUUGAUCCAAGGGCAACAAGGAACUUGAACAUAAGAGAAAACUGU